CAUACAAUCGAGGGCUGGGAGCUGAAGGCCGCUGAGCGCGAGGCCUGCCGCCUGACCCUGGUCCGAAGGGGCGUACAGUCUGAGUUAAUAAUCCAGUAUUAUGAAAAGGAGAUGCCCACACAAGAUGUCAUUCCUAUUAAUAGCCACUUUAAAUGUAUACAAGAAGCAGCAGAAACUCUACUGAUUGACAUAGCAGCCAACACUCCCUGCAAAAUUCGGAUCCAGGGUGACUGGAUCGGAGAGCGUCUCUUUGAAAUCCCUGACGAGGACCAGUGCUUGGCUUUUCUUACAGACAUCCUUGCUGCUCAGGAAGCUCAUAAACCAACUUCAGUUCCUGAGUUCAGGGAGUCAACCAGCUGGUACCAGAAAUUAGACGUUUCAGAAAAAACUCCCAGUGAAACUGAUGUUUCAGGCAUGCUUGGAUUUGAAGACAAUUUUACUGAAAUGAGCUUGGAGAAGAAAAGAAAUAUUCACAAUAAGCAGAUGAGGACUCGUCGGGAGCCACCACCACCACCCAGCCAAACAAGCAAAUCGUUUUUACGUGAGAAGGAAGUUGGAGGCAGAGACCAGCCUAAAGUGAGCAGUACCAUGCGUAAGCUCUUUGUGCCCACCUCUCAGUCUGGACAGCGAGAGGGGCUCAUCAGACACAUUCUGGCAAAGCGAGAGAAAGAAUAUGUGAAUCUUCAAACAUUCAGGUUUUUUGUUGGAACAUGGAAUGUGAAUGGGCAGUCUCCAGACAGCGCUUUGGAACCCUGGCUCAAUUGUGAUACGGAUCCUCCAGAUAUUUACUGCCUUGGGUUUCAAGAACUGGAUUUAAGCACAGAAGCUUUCUUCUACUUUGAGUCCACAAAGGAGCAGGAAUGGCUAACGUCUGUGGACAGAGCCUUACACUAUAAAUGCAAGUAUAAGAAAGUUCAGUUGGUUCGCCUGGUUGGAAUGAUGCUCCUUAUAUUUGCCAAGAAGGACCAAUGUAAAUACCUCCAUGAUGUUGUGACUGAAACUGUGGGAACGGGACUCAUGGGGAAAAUGGGUAACAAAGGUGCUGUUGCUGUGCGGUUUUUGUUCCACAACACUACAUUUUGCAUUGUCAAUUCCCAUCUGGCUGCCCACGUGGAAGACUUUGAACGUCGAAACCAGGAUUAUAAAGACAUCUGUUCCCGAAUGACUUUCUUGGUCCCAAAUCAGGGCCAUCUAAACAUCAUGAAGCAUGAUGUUGUCAUCUGGUUGGGAGAUUUGAACUAUAGACUCUGCAUGUCUGAUGCCAACGAGGUGAAAACUCUUAUUAACAGGAACGAACUUCCCAGGCUCUUGAAACUGGACCAGCUGAACAUUCAACGUUCUCACAAGAAAGCAUUUGCUGACUUCACAGAAGGUGAAAUUCGUUUCAUGCCCACCUACAAGUUUGACCCAAAAACAGACAGAUGGGAUUCCAGUGGGAAAUGUCGCACUCCAGCAUGGUGUGAUCGAAUCCUUUGGAGAGGGACUAAUGUUAAUCAGCAACGCUACUGGAGUCACAUGGAACUUAAAACCAGUGACCACAAACCUGUCAGUUCUCUCUUCCUCAUUGGAGUGAAGGUUGUAGAUGACCGAAGAUACCGGAAGGUAUUUGAGGACAGUGUUCGUAUCAUGGACAGAAUGGAAAAUGAUUUUCUUCCUUCAUUAGAACUCAGCAAGAGGGAAUUUGUAUUUGAGAAGGUGAAAUUCCGUCAGCUCCAGAAACAGAAAUUCCAGGUCACCAACAAUGGCCAAGUGCCCUGUCAUUUUUCCUUCAUCCCGAAGCUCAGCGACAGCCAAUACUGCAAGCCCUGGCUUCGGGCUGAGCCCUGUGAGGGCUACUUGGAACCAAAUGAGACGGUCGACAUUUCCUUGGAUGUCUAUGUCAGUAAGGACUCAGUGACACUCCUGAAUUCAGGGGAAGAUAAGAUCGAAGAUAUUCUUGUCCUUCACCUGGACCGAGGUAAAGAUUACUUCCUGACCAUCAGUGGAAGUUACCUCCCAAGCUGCUUUGGCACCUCCUUAGAAGCUCUGUGCCGAAUGAAAAGACCCAUUAGAGAAGUUCCUGUCACCAAGCUCAUUGACCUGGGAGAAGACAGCUUCAUAGAAAAGGAGAGUCCUCUUCUGCCUUUGGCUCCUCUGGAGGGGAAUGCCAGCGAGAGACCCCUUCAGAUUCCCAAAGAAAUCUGGCUUUUGGUGGAUCACUUAUAUAAGAACGGCUGUCAACAGGAGGACCUAUUCCAGACUCCCGGAAUGCAGGAAGAGUUACAGCAGAUCAUCGAUUGUCUGGAUACCAGCAUUCCUGAGACAAUCCCUGGCAGCAAUCACUCCGUGGCUGAAGCACUCCUCAUCUUCCUGGAGGCCCUUCCAGAACCUGUGAUCUGUUAUGAGCUGUAUCAGAGAUGCCUCGACUAUUCACAUGACCCCCGCCUCGCCCGACAGGUGGUUUCACAUCUCCCAAGGUGCCACAGAAGCGUUUUCCGGUAUCUGAUGUCUUUCCUCCGGGAGCUCUUAAAGCACUCUAAAGCAAACAACGUCAACAUCAACAUGAUUGCCAACCUCUUUUCUGGUCUCCUGCUACGGCCUUCACCUAAUCUGAUGGUGAGACAGACUGCCAACGAUCGUCAACAUGCUAUCCAGUUUCUCCUCGGGUUCCUGCUUAGCGGUGACGAAGACUAAUUCUCCUCACCUUGCGUCCUCCACCCCCUUCCCAAGGUUCUAGCACGGAGGAUCACUAGCUUUGAAUAUUAAGAAUUAGUUGAAGGAGUUUUUGCCACCAGGAGAGUUUCAUGGCUUUGUAGCUGCUGGCUAUUGAAAAAUCGACAGUUUACAGUACUUAGAGGAGUCUUCUAAUAACUCCUCCACCCACCAGAACACAAAUUACUGGUCCUGAUUCAUUAGAGAAUUUUAGACUCAACAUGUUGCCAAGCCAAAGUUUCCACAUUUUGGUAGUUACAUGCUUUAUCUUUAUGGAGCAAAGAGAUCUGUAUUAAUACUCCAGUGUUCUCCCAAUCCGUGUGUUGCCCAGCUCUGACUGUCCUGUCUGUGCUUAGCACCCUAGACUUGGGGUCUGAGAUGUGAACAUUCUAAGCUGAUAUGCACUAUUGCUUUAGAUGA